UCGCCCAGUGGCGCAGUUACCAGAUUGUUGGAGCCAUGGAUCAAGUUAAACAAAUCGACACUCACCUCAUUGACUCUUUCGGUUCGUGCCAGUUGCGUUUGGGGAAGGGACAGAUUAGUUGACUUUGAACCCAUUAUUCUCACAGAUAAUUCGUUGCCCUGGAGUCGGGCACUGGUCCCUCCUCACCACACUCGAAAUGCUUCCCAGAUUACGGAGUCUCAGCUUCGAUAUUUUGGCCACCUGUCGAUGCUUGCUAUCAUUGUAUGCCUCUGGAACACGCCUCCAUCACUAUACAGAACACUCCAGAUUUCUCUCUUACAUCGAAUAAUCUCCGGGAGACAGUCCUUGUCUUCGGCUAGACUACAGAAGUACCAGAGACAAAGCGGAUCUAACUAUGCAAGAAGUUGGUCGCAUUUUUGUUUCGGUGCCCAAUCUGGACACCUUGGUCAACGCUUACAGGUCGUGGACU